GGGGAAAAAGGCCCCCUCCUCCACUGCAUCAUAAUCAGAGGGACCAUUUGUUAUGCCACUGGUUGUGGGCUGGUUGGCGUGCUGGUAGGGGAGCUACUGCAGGUUUACUCUCGGAUUAUAUUCUACUAGACCCUAAACCAGCUGAAAUCCUGAUGGACUUCAACUGACUUUUUAAGCCGGAGGGCUGAUUCCAAAAUCUGACUAACUAAGGAUGACCAAAAUGGUUAACACUUAGUUCCCCCGGAGUGAUUCUCCCCACAAUACAUUUCACUGCAACUUUUUGUACAUUACUAUAUUCCCAUUAACAAGCUGGGUUUUACUGUGAUUUCAUAACAUUCUCCUUAUCUAUAGGUUGUGACUCAAAGGUUGUCAAAUGUCUCAUGAUGUUACCUGCACUUGAACAUCGGCCGAAUCCUCAAAGCAAUCGGAUUGAUCAGCUGAAGGAUCAGCUUGAUUUUGCGUCCAGAGAUAUACAAGAAGAACGACGUGAACGUCUACGUAUGCGCGAACAACUCAGUAUUCAGAAUGAGAUAAUCAAUAAACUGUACACACGUUUAAAUCAGCUUGAAGAAGAGCAGGCCGACUCCAGUAAAGUUGUUAACAGUAUCCUACAGAGUUCUCUUUUGCAACAACAAAUUGAAACAAGAAAACAAACAAAGUUAGAGAAAAUUGCUGAUGUUGACAAAAUCAAAGAUAAGUUCAAACAGCUCAGUACCUCAACAAGGGAAGAAACAGAACAAAUUAAGAAACUUUCAAAUGAUACCCACAGUACCUUGUUGAAUGUACAGGAGUACCUAUCAGCUCUGCAUCAAACGGAGCAGAACAACGGUACUCGAGUCACUACACUGGAAACCAACACAAACGCUGCCAUGGAAUGCAUUAAAUCACUGCAAAGUGCCACAACACGGCUACAAAACAAGAUCUCCAGUGUAGAGUCAGUGACCAGUGAACGAGACCAAGAAGUUGCUGGAUCUUUACAAGAUAUCGCUAAUUGUGCGACUGAGGCUAAGACAGACCGGGCCCAGCUUUACGACCUUAUUAAUAACAGCUCAUUAAAAUUGAGUCAAAUGAAACAAGGUUUGGAUGGAAAGAUACAGAAAAGUCGGCAGGAAAUCGAGCUUGGAAGAGAACAGAAAGACAGAGAAAUAACGCAGUCCCUGGAAGAGUUAACGCAGUGCUACCGGAAUGUAGAUACUAAAAUAGCUGACGAGAUUGCCCUCUCAUUCCACGACACAAAGAUACUAAUAACAGCCCUACAGUCGAGUAUUGUAAAAGAGAAGAGUUCUCGACUGGAUUGGGAGCAGAAGUUACGACGUGACACUGCCAACGUUCUCAACAACUUGCGCCAAAACUUGCGCGACCAAAUGGGCCAAUAUAUUUCAGUAUAUGAAGAGAAUAAAGAAAAAGUUGACGCGAGUAUAAAACAACUGUACAAGAGUAUUAAACUGAUCGAACAGUCGGGAGAUGCAACAAAACACGGCAUUGAGCACAUUUUACAGGCUGAAAUAAAAACCAGAGUCAGUAAGUUCAAGGAGCUGGAGGAACACUUGAACACAGUACGUUCAGCUUUAGGAGCUUUGGAUGACAGAAGGGAAGAAGACGCUAAACGAGUAAAAGACGAAAUGUUGUCGAAGAUUGAGGAAUUCGACCGCUCUGCCCGCGAGGAAAUUAAGUCACUGUCAGACACUGUCGGUGGGCUUCAAGAUUCUGCCUCUUCGCAGAUUGUAAAAGUAGAGGAAGAGAUGAAUGUUAGAAUAACUAAUAUGGAGGUCAGCUUCUCUGAACAACUCGCAAAAGAGAUUCAGGAGACACAAGAACAGAUUGAGGUUGUUACAGUAACUGUGGUUGAAGACAGGGCCAGGAAGUUGGAGGAGAGAGUGGAGUUACUUAACAACAACUACGACACUUUGGAGACAGUCCUUCGUGCCGAGUGUGAUAACAGGAAAAGUGAUCUAAGCACGAUACACGCUGAGAUCGCAGUCAAACAAGACAAACUAUCCCACGAGAAAGAGAUGAACACUAUUCGCAGCGAACUCUCAAGCUCUAACAAUAAUGUAUAUGAGGUCGAAGAGAAGAUGACAAUUAUUGAGGCUAAUUGCGAGGAAUCUUUGAAAAAUCUGAGCGAUCAGGUGGAAGCUAUCCAAAACCAGUUGAAAGAGUUAACAGAUUCAACAGUUGGAGAUCAGAUCGCCACUCUCAUUGACGAAGUUGAAGGUGCCAAGGAUCUUAUCAAUAAACUACAGAAAUCCAAAACCCCGAAUCACCAGUCUCCAAAACCAGCGGCCGGUCCGCCUUUAAAAUCACCGGAAAACAGUCCCUCAAUUCAGCCCAAAUUACCGAUAAUUACACCUCCCAGCCCACCCAAACCUGCUGAAACACCUGAUAAUAACUCCGUAAUACUUAUUCCAGAGCAGCUUUAGAAUUUUAAGCGAACUUCUUUAUUCGAUCAAGUAGAUUGUAUUUUGUAGAUAAUUUAUUAAUCAUGAGGUAGGGUAGAUCCUUGACAGAUUUCGUAGAACUGAACAUACGGCCAAGUAUGUUUUUAAUUAUUAGAGCUACGUUUUUGACAUCCGUUGUCAUCGAAGGAAAUAAUUUUAGAGCCUCUAGAUUGUUUGUAAUCGAUUUUUUCUUUUUAGUUUAAUUUUUACUUUUAGCGAGCGGUCGCUGAUCUGUAUUCUUAUUCAAUGAAUUUAUACUAGUACUAGUACUAUAGUGUUGUUACAUCGUUAAAACUUAUAUUUAUUUCAGUCACUGUCAGUUUAUUAGUCACUACCAAUUAUUAUGUAUUAUGACUAAACUUUUUUGUUGAAAUUAUUUCAACUUUAGUCUUAAUAGCUUAAUGUAGAUGAUAAGAUUUUAUUUCAGACUGUAAAUAUAUAUCGUGUGUAACAUUAUUGUAGUCCCAGCAUGUUACUCAUCAUCAGAUUUUAUCAAUGUGAUUGUGCAAUGUACAAUGUACAAACCAAUUUUAUUUCAGAUUCUGAAAAGAAA